CUUGCGGGCAUGGGAGGCGCGCGUCGUUUCCUGUGUCCAUUCUCGCGCUCAGCUGUCACACGUUCCUCAGAGACCUCAGCGUUCUCUCAGCGUUCCCGCGCCCGGGGAGCGCUUUCUUGUUGCACCCUGAUUUCGGGACCUUCUCCACAAAAUGGGCCGCUUUUCCCGCCUGUUGCUUUUUGACCUCUUGACCUCCUGACUCAAAAGGUCAGCUGGACGUUUUUGAGCUCGGGCCUUGGGAUGUGAGGGAAGGGCUGAGUCAGAAUUCCCGCGGUCUCUAGCCCAGCUGUUCGUCCCCACCCCCCCACCCCCCCCCGACGAGGAGAGUGACUAACUCUAGUCUCUGGGCUUUGCAUACCCCUGACCAGGGUCUGCGCUUCGGCAUCCCAGAGUUGACCCCUGCGCUUGGCAUCUCUGACCCGGAAGAAUAAGUGCACUGUCAGUUUACCCAUUGCCACGGUUUGCAUUCGCUCCGGAGUCAGCCCUAAGUGGGGCAUUACAGAUUUCAGCCCUAGGACUUCCCGUCUCUUUCAGCCUCCAAAUUUGGCCAUUCAGCUCGAAAUAACCUCCCUCCCUGAGGCCAACCCUUUUUGGGGGGGCGGCUUCUCGCUUGGGUUCUCUGUCGGUGCCAUCGAAGCCCGAAAUGAUCUCUCCGUGCGCUCCUCAAGAGUCGCCAGUCCUCCCUCCAGGAGCCCCUGCACCCCAGGCCCCCAGCGUUCCUCCACCUCCUCCCCCACCCCCAAAUAUCUCUGACUUAACUUUCCCACUUCUUCCCAUUGGGCUGGCGGCCCCCGCCCCUCCGCCCCCACCGCCGCCUCCACCCCCUGCUAGAGGGGUCGCUCCCCCUCACGUAUUCGGCCUGGAGAAGAGCCAGCUUCUGAAGGAGGCCUUGGAGAAGGCCGGCCCGGUCCCGGGGAGCAGAGAGGAUGUGAAGAGACUCCUGAAGCUACAGAAGGACCGUUUCAGGAGUGACCUGCGGUGGCUCCUCUUCUGUGCUGACCUGCCGUCCCUCAUCCAGGAAGGCCCUCAGUGUGGGCAGGUAGCCUUGUGGAUGGCCGGUGCCCUCCUGGUGCCCCCCAGUGGCGUCCCCCUGGAGAGACUGGUGCAGGUCGCCCGGGAUAGAGGCUUCACCGCCCACGGGGAAAUGUUCUCUGUGGCCGACAUGGGCAGGCUGGCCCAGGAGGUGCUGGGCUGCCGGGCUGAGCUGCUCUGCGGUGGCCUGGGCCCCCCAAACCGAGACCGCAUCCUGCGGCAUCUGCUCGCUGGACACCCGCUGCUCAUCCCCUACGACGAGGACUUCAACCACGAGCCAUGUCAGCGGCGCGGCCACAAGGCCCACUGGGCAGUAAGCGCAGGGGUCCUGCUGGGGGUGCCAAGGGUGCCAGACUUCGGUUAUGCUGAGGACCCGGAGCUUCCCGGCCUGUUCGUGCCAGUGACUGGUGUGGCCCACCAGCCGCCCCCCUUGCCUGAGGACGGCAGCCCAGGCCUGGUCUACCUCCUGGCUAAGCAGGGCAAGAGCUGGCACUGCCUGCUGUGGGACUACGAACACGUCCGUGAGAGCAACCAGCAGCUGACUGACUUCUCGCCCGCUAGGGCCGCCGAUGGUCGCACUUACGUGCUGCCUGCAGGCGGGGUGCGGGCCGGUCUCUGCGGCCAGGCCCUGCUGCUCACACCACAGGGAUCCGGCCACUAGCUGGCUGU